AUGACAUUAGCUUUUAAACCUAAAGACAAAGUUGGAGAUAAUUCUUCACAACUUGUAUGUGAAUCAUUUAGUUUAGAUGGUUGUCGGGAUGCUUUGGUUGAGAUGAUAAUAGUUGAUGAAUUGCCCUUUAAGUUUGUGGAGGGUAAGGGGUUUAAGAAGUUUGUGGAUAAAUUAACAUGUGAAAAUCAUACUAGAUUUGUUGUUCCAUCUCGAUUUACUGUGGCUAGAGAUGUGUUUAAGUUGUAUGUUAAUGAGAAGAAUCGUUUGAGAGACAUGUUUGUAAAAAAUAAGUAUAGAGUUUCUCUCACCACUGAUUGUUGGACAUCGGGACAAAAUAUUAAUUACAUGGUCCUAACAGCCUAUUUCAUUGAUUCUGAUUGGAAAUUACAUAAGAGAAUACUUAGUUUUUCUCCAAUUGAGAAUCAUAAAGGUGAUACUAUCGGUAAAACCAUUGAAAAGAAUUUGAAGGAUUGGGGCAUUGAGAGGGUAAUGACUUUGACGGUUGAUAAUGCAAGUUCGAAUGACACUGCUGUUGCUUAUCUUUUAAAGAGAUUCAAUAAAGGAUUAUUGUUUGGUGGGGAAUUUCUGCAUGUUCGUUGUUGUGCCCAUAUAUUGAAUCUUAUAGUAACUGAUGCUUUUAAGGAACAUAACGAUUGUAUUGAUAGGAUUCGAUAUGCUGUGCGAUUUAUAACUUCUCUUGCUCGUUUUUUGAAAUUUAAAAAGUGCAUUGAACUUAAAAAAAUUGCUUGUAAGAGUUAUGUGUGUCUUGAUGUUCCUACAAGAUGGAACUCCACAUAUAUGAUGCUUGAAGCUGCUGUUAAGUUUGAAAAAGCUUUUGAUAGAUUAGAAGAUGAAGAUGCCUCGUAUAGACAUGAUAUGUCACCGAAUAAGGAAGAUUGGACAAAUGCUAGGAUGUUAAUACGAUUUUUAAAAAUUACAGUGGUUCAGAAUUGUAUACGUUUGAAUGCGGGUAGUGCAAAUGCAUUGUUAGUUGGAAUGGCUAAUAACAUGAAGCUAAAAUUCGAGAAAUAUUGGGGAAACAAUGAAAAGAAUAAUUUGUUGUUGUAUGUUGCUAUUGUGUUGGAUCCUCGAAAGAAAUUAAGAUUUGUAUCUUUUUGUUUGAAAAUUUUUUUUGGUCCUGAGGUUGCUGAAUCCAUGGGAAAUGUAGUGGAACAAUGUUGUAGACGUCUCUUUCAUGAGUAUAGUACUACUCGAAGUGGGAGUAGACAAGGAUGUAGUAGUACUAGUACAACUAGUACACAAACUGUUUCAGGCUUGGAUACUAAUAUUGAUUUUGAUUCGAAUGAAAAUGUGGGUGAAGAUUUUGUCUACGACACGAUUGUUGAGGAAUUUGAAGAUGAUUCUACUACACCUUUCGAACAGGGAUCAUCGAAGAUUGAUAUCUAUUUGUUGGAAGCCAAUAUUAUAUUGUAG